GCCAUUUCUUUAUUUACACAACCACCAUAAUGGCGCUGUACACAUAGUUUCCAGUGUCAUGUCUGUUUUUUUUAAUUUAUCCAACUUUGAAAGCAACGCUUGACGCAUUAAAAACGAAGGUGUUAACUAGCUUUAUGGAACCCUUGAGCUCAUAAUAUUUUCUAAUUUAGAUAAUAUUGCUGUUUACUUAAUAACGCCAUGUCUGGGUCAAACGUGUGGCAUCGCAGUCGGGAGAAAUUAAGACGUUUUCCAGAAUAUUUUGCACAAUGUGCCGAAGAGGCAACCAUUUAUGGUAAAUGUGUGGUAGCUACCACAACUAACAGACAGGAAUUGAAGAAGGAUCACUGUGCUAAAGAAUUUGCAGCCCUGAAGACAUGCUUUGCAAAUGCUGCCAAGAAAACCUCAAAAUGAAUGGAACAUACAAAUAUGGCUCUAAGGAUGCAACUUGUGAAGUCGACUGAGAGGAAAACGUCAUGAACAAUUCUGAGAAUUCACAACUUUGACUGGGAAGCUAUUGAAUGAGUUUUAUGACACACUCGAAAAGUGUUGUGUGCUAUUUAUGACAAAUGUAAAUAUUUAUACAUUAUUUCCAUGGUAUUAAAGUGCUUUAGAAACGUGCACGUGUCCCAGUUUUUUAAAUUUGGGUUCAAAUCUCAAGUCCUACAGAAAAUGAAUACACCAACUAAACGGACUUCCACUGUUGUGAUCGAGCCUUUUAACCUUUAUUAUCAGACACACAAUCACAGUAAAUGUAAAAAUAGUCCAAAAAUACCUCUAUACAAAAUUGACAAAUGUGCUGCAGUGCUGACAAAGUAAUUUGCACAAGAUUUUUGGUACAAUACUGUUGCUUUUUCAAUAUAUUACUGUACAUCUAUUGUCAAAAUACCCCUUACAAUAACACUGCUGGACAUGGUUGACAAGGCACAGAAAUAAAAGGAGAAAAGAGGACGACUAUCUUCAGUCACAGGUAAAGUAUCUUCAUUAAACAGAAUUAAAAAAAAAAAAAAAAAAAAAAAAAAAAUUAAAAGGCAGCUCCAGCAUUAUUUUCAACAGUCUCAAAAAUUAAAAGUAUAGAAACAUGUCAUCUGAUCAAGUAUUACAAUAUUUACACUUCCACUUUAGAGAAAAAUUCUGA